ACAGACCUGUUGCAGUUUAUACACGGAGAACAUGGAUGCUGAAGUGAUGGACAACAUUAUCUUGCUAGUGCUGGUCACUCUUCUCAGCGUUGUUCAGAAUGUGUUCUUUGCCCUAAAGGUUGAAAAAGAGUGCACAGGGCUUAAUUCUAAACAAAAUUCUACAGCUUUUGAGCGCUUGUCCUGUGCAAAUCGAAACUGCAUGGAUACAUACCCCACAUUUCUGGCAGUGCUGUGGUGCGCUGGUAUCUGCCUCAGCCAAGCUCCAGCUGCCUUUGCUGGCAUUCUCUACCUUGUGGUCCGGCAGAAGUAUUUUGUUGGCUACAUGGGGCAGACAUGCCAGAGCACUCCUGGCUUCCUGUUCGGGAAACGAAUUCUCUUUUUCCUGUCACUCAUGUGUAUUGUGGGAAUCAUAAAUCACCUGAUGCUCACCUAUGGCAGCAGUGACUACAAAGAAUACAUUCAGACCAUCACCAAAGCAGCGUCAACACUUCUGCUCUUGCCAUGAACUGUGCCAGACAGAUUUAACUUCCCCUGAGCUGAAACAGUAGAGUGAAAAUACAGUAGUCAACAUUUAAAGUAUCAA